UGUGCUGCUCCCAGCCUCCUGAGCUUACACACAGCUCCGCUCACAUUCAGCCUCAUUUCACAAGGAUUUCCUUCGGAUCUCCCCUGAUCUCUCCGGAGGAUUGCACUCUGUACCAGGAAGCAGGUGGCCUUCCAAAGCAUUAUGCCUCGUUCAACUGUAAAGGAUUUUUCUCGACAAUAGCCUUCUUCUGUCUGCUUUCUUUGUUACUAUAAAUUCUCAGUAAUGUCAACUUCGAGUGGAAAGAAGGAAAAAUGGAACGGCCUAGAAGCACUGGGAAUGAGUCGCAAAGAACUUGCUUUAGCAGAGGCUCUGCAAAUGGAGUAUGAUGCACUUUCCAGGCACCGCCAAGAUAGUCAACAGCCUUUGACCGAUGAGAGUCCCCUCAUCUCCUGGGAAGAUGUUUCCCAAUCCUCCUCAACAGUCCCUUCACCUCCAAGAAACAAACCUCCACCCUCUAGAGACUACCUGUAUAUAUAUGGUGAUACAUACCACAGAAAUGGUGAAGAUGAAGGAAGAAGGUCUCCAAAAAGGUCCCCAAAAAGUAUGUCCCCUCCAGUACCCUCCCACUCUGAGGUUAUGAAGUAUUUCAAAGAUGUCUCUUCAUCUACUGAAAAGAUUUCUCAUUCUCGGGAUGUAAAUGUGUACACUGAAGAUAUGGGGGGCAAACUACUUAGUCGGAGGAUUUCAGAAGAGGAAGAUGCAACUUUAUUAAGAAGAGGAGAGGGAUGCUUGGAUUUAGACUAUGAGGAAAUUAAUGAUACAAUUACUCGCCUUAAUUUGGCACCUACCUAUGAUUCUGAGCUUUUGCGCCAGGCUGAAGGACAUUGGAAGGAUAUAAGUUUAAGAAAGAAUGUGACUGGAAAGCCAGUAGCGCGAAGCAACACAAUGCCACCUCAACUACCACCACGGACCUAUGCAAAGAAACCAUAUAGGAAUAUUAGAGCAUCCAUUGGACCGGAUUCCAUGCGGACGUAUCCCCAGCACAACGGCUGCGAGCUGUUUGAGAUGUCCGAGCAAAGGGAUGAGGAGACAGCUGCUUUUUGUCACAUGCUGGAUGUGCUACGGUCUGGUCAAACUAUGACCGAUCAGAUACAUACAGGUAUUGUAUGGAGUCCUGUCAACCUAAGUCCCGAGCACCUGGGUCCUGGAGUGAGCUUGAAAAUAACUGUAACCAUUGACAACAUGAGGGAUCCUCUGACUUUCACCUGUGAUUGUUCCUCUACUGUGGAUCUACUCAUUUACCAGACUCUAUGCUACACCAAUGAUGAACUGGAGAAUCUCAAUGUAUCUGACUACGUGCUCAAACUGUGUGGUUUAGAGGAGUUUCUGCAGAAUGAACAGCCCCUUGGAAGCCAUGAAUACAUUCAGCAAUGCAGAAAGUUUGACAGUGAUGUUCGGCUUCAGCUGAUGAAGAAAGAGAUGGUGCGGGGAGAUCUUGCCAGAACGGCCAGUGACAUUCAGAGCCCAUCUACUCUUAAUCUUCAUAUCCACCUUCAGGAGAGACCUGCUAAACAGACCAUCACCAGACAGGCCCUGUCUCUGCUCUUUGACAAAUUCCAAAAUGAGGUGGAUGAAUUUGUAGCAUCAGAUGCUGAUUUCCAUUUACGAGCUGAAAGAGUGGUACAGUCGGUGAAAGCCAUCUGCAAUGCUUUAGCAGCUGUGGAGACCCUGGAAAUUAGCAGUGCCCUCAACCAGCUGCCCCCAUGUCCAUCCAGGGUCCAGAUCAAAUCCAAUAAGGAUCCAAGCUAUCUGACCAAAAGAGAGAGCAGAGAAAAAGUUGUGGAGAGCCUUACAGCAGCCAUCUUGGAUUUAGUUCAUCUGUACUGUAGCACGUUCAAUGCUGAUUUCCAGACAGUGCUUCAUGCUGAACGCAAGCUAAGCAUGACCCAAGACUCCUCACUCCUUACAAGCCCGCUAGCCUUUACAGUGUAUGCAGCACACCGGAUCCCCAUUUCAUGGGCUACCAGUUAUGAAGAUUUCUACGUAUCCUGUUCUCUGAGUCAUGGAGGCAAGGAGCUGUGCAGUCCCCUACAAACUCGCAGGAUUCAUAUGUACAAGUACCUGUUUCAUCUCAUCGUUUGGGACCAAAUGAUCUGUUUUCCAGUCCAGAUAAACCACCUGCCACGAGAGACUCUUUUAACAAUUACACUGCAUGCGGUGCCUGUCCCCCCUCCUGGGAGCUCCUCUGAAGCCAACAAGCAGAGACGAAACCCUCAGCCACUGGGUUGGGUUACCACUCCCCUGUUCAACUUUAGGCAACUUUUAACCUGUGGUCGUCGUUUACUCGGUCUUUGGCCAACUACAAAAUAUGGUAGCGCUAGUUUCAGUACACCAAAUGUGAACCAACCGGACAGCACCAUUCUUCAGAUUGACUUUCCAACGUCUGCUUUUGAUGUUAAAUUCACAAAACCAGAAAGCGAAGCCUUUAGCCCCAGAUACGAUAUUUCCAGCUUGUCUGUGGAGGAUAAAAGCAAGUUGUGUGAGGCCAUGCAGAAGGAGUCUUUAUAUUGGUUGACAGAUGCAGAUAAGAAAAAAUUGUGGGAGAUGCGCUAUUACUGUCACUCAGAGAUUAGCUCCCUUCCAUUGUUGCUGGCUAGUGCACCAAGUUGGCAGUGGUCAUGCCUACCAGACAUUUACGUGUUACUUGGUCAGUGGACUCACAUGAAACAUCAGGAUGCCCUGGGUCUUCUUCAUGCCACUUUUCCUGAUCAAGAAGUAAGACGUACAGCUGUUCAGUGGAUUGAUACCAUAUCCGAUGCUGAGCUUCUGGAUUACCUCCCGCAGCUUGUACAGGCUUUGAAAUAUGAAUGCUAUCUGGAUAGCCCACUGGUCAGGUUCCUACUGAAAAGAGCCAUCUGUGACUUAAGGAUCACUCACUACUUUUUCUGGCUGCUAAAGGACUGUCUGAAGGAUUCUCAGUUCAGUAUCCGCUAUCAGUACUUGCUUGCUGCUCUUCUGUGCUGCUGUGGGAAAGGUCUGAGAGAGGAGUUUGACCGCCAGUGUUGGCUGGUGAACACAUUGACUAAAUUGGCGCAGAAGGUUCGGGAGGGAGCUCCAUCAUCCAGACCCGAAAUUCUGAAAAAUGGGUUAGAAGACGUCAAGCAAUUCUUCAUUCUUAAUGGAUCUUGUCGACUCCCACUAAGCCCCAGCCUUCUUGUAAAAGGGAUUGUGCCUCAGGGCUGCUCACAUUUCAACUCAAAUGCCGUGCCACUGAAACUUACUUUCCAGAAUGUGGAUCCACUGGGAGAGAAUAUACCAAUCAUUUUCAAGUGUGGAGAUGACCUCCGACAGGACAUGCUGACCUUGCAGAUGAUCCGCAUCAUGAAUAAAAUCUGGAUACAAGAGGGGUUAGAUAUGCGCAUGGUGAUCUUCCGAUGCUUUUCUACAGGCCGAGGGCGAGGUAUGGUUGAGAUGAUCCCAUCAGCAGAAACUCUGAGGAAGAUCCAGGUGGAGCACGGAGUCACCGGUUCAUUUAAAGACCGACCACUAGCCGACUGGCUACAAAAACACAACCCCACAGAGGAUGAGUAUGAAAAGGCAGUUGAAAAUUUUAUUUACUCUUGUGCUGGUUGUUGCGUAGCCACCUAUGUACUUGGCAUCUGUGAUCGCCACAAUGACAAUAUCAUGCUGAAGACGAGUGGUCAUAUGUUUCACAUAGACUUUGGUCGCUUCUUGGGACAUGCACAAAUGUUUGGAAACAUUAAAAGGGACCGUGCACCCUUUGUCUUCACAUCAGAUAUGGCCUAUGUAAUUAAUGGAGGGGACAAGACUUCUAGCCGCUUCCAUGACUUUGUGGAUUUGUGCUGCCAGGCAUAUAAUCUCAUCCGCAAGCAUACUCAUCUUUUUCUUAAUCUGCUGGGACUGAUGUUGUCAUGUGGAAUUCCAGAGUUGUCUGACCUGCAGGAUUUGAAGUAUGUCUAUGAUGCUUUGCGCCCACAAGAUUCUGAAGCUGAUGCCACCACAUACUUUACCCGCCUCAUAGAGUCCAGUCUGGGAUCAGUAGCCACAAAGUUAAAUUUCUUCAUUCAUAAUUUGGCACAGUUAAAGUUCAGUGGUUCGGAUGAGCGGUUGACGCUCUCCUUCUCUCCAAGAACUCACACCAUGAAAGCGGAUGGGAGGAUCCGAGAUGUCUUCGUAACCCGUUAUAAGAAGAUAUUCAGUCCCAACAAAGGAUAUGUCUAUGUUAUUCAGGUGGUACGGGAGAGCCUCCAUGAGACCAACCAUAUACAGAGAUCCUUCGAGGAGUUUCAGGAGCUGCAUAGUAAAUUGAGACUACUUUUCCCAUCAUCACAACUUCCCAGUUUCCCAAGUCGCUUUGUUAUUGGUCGUUCUCGCGGAGAGGCCGCAGCCGAGCGCCGGAAGGAUGACUUGAAUGCAUAUAUUUGGCACUUGAUCCAUGCUCCCCCUCAGGUGGCUGAGUGUGAUCUGGUUUAUACCUUUUUCCACUCCUCACCUCGUGAUGAAAAGAAUGUGAGCAACACGGUAGCACAUAGACCGUCAGAUGCAACAUGGGCCGUUCCAGUGGGUAAAGUUGGAGGGGAAGUCAAACUCUCCAUUUCCUAUAAGAAUGAACAGCUGUUCAUCAUGGUGAUGCAUAUCCGUAGCCUGCCCCUUCAGGAUAGCAAUGAGCCAAAUCCGUAUGUGAAGAUCUAUCUAUUACCAGAUCCACAAAAGACAACAAAGAGGAAAACUAAAGUGGCAAAGAAAACGUGCAACCCAACUUAUAAUGAAAUGUUGGUGUAUGAUAGGAUUCCUAAAGGAGACCUUCAGCAACGUGAGAUUUGGCUGACUGUGCUCAGUGAAGAAGGAUUUUGGGAAAAUAUCCUUCUUGGAGAGGUUACCAUUCGACUUCGAGAUAUAGACCUCAGUCGGGAGAAGAUUUGCUGGUUCAAGCUUGGUUCUGCUAGCCAAAUGGCUAAUUAAACAACACUGAGUAAUUCAACCCUCGCAUGUAUCACCGGUAUGGUGACUGCUCUGUACAAUGCCUUGUUUUGUUGAUAAGGUUAUUGUAACCAGAAACGAGCUCAAGGAGUUUUCAUUUUAAUUGACAGCGGGUAUUAAUAUAUAUUAUAUUUUUUUCCAAGGGAAUUCAAGAGACUGCAAAUAAUUACUGUCUUCCUUCUAAAGAAGGGUUUCAGGCGAAGACUGGAAAAAUUACAGUAUGUUUAAUAAGUUUACCUUGUGUCAAGGGAAGCAGUCUAAUACAGAAUUAGCUUAAAUUUACCAUUUUGUUUGGGCUUUUUUUAUUUUAUUUUUUGUGAGUGGAGCUGGAGCAUAGGUUCUAGUAAUGUAAAUGGAUUUGUCCAUGACAAGGAGCUACAUGAGCAUGAGGAAGCCUAAAUGUCCAGGAGGUUGCUCUGAAACUUAGCCCUGUGCAUCCUGGAGGGUUAAGACAGCAUUACUAGUGCAGAUCGAUCUAAGCACCUUUUUCAUGCAGCUGUAUUGGAGUUAUACUGUAUGUAUUUUGUUUUUACUCUUCUUUGUUUCAUUUACCAUUCUUGUCAUUGUAUUUAUUUGAUUCCUACAGCUAGGUCUCCUCUUGGUGCUGUUCCUGCAUAGCAAUUUUUUUAACCUAACUAAAAUCCAGUCUUGAAGGAAGUAAAGCAGUAACAAUAUAUCUAAAUAUUAACAAAUAAGAGGACCAAUGCCCACUGUACCUAGAGUGACAUAUAUAAGAGAAUGUUUGUAUAAGGGCUUGUAGUUCUGUUAAAUUAUUAUUUGGCUUGAAGAUUGUAUAUUAGCCAUAGGUCUCUGUUCUUUUAUUAUACCAUCCGGGAAACACUUGAAUCUAUCCUUCUCUGACUUUAUGGUUCGCCUUCAUGAACCACAUUGAACACAUGGUAAUCACCCAGAUGGACUGCUUUAGUUUUAGAUGUAUGAAGAAAAAAAAAUAUGUCAGUAUAUAUAAGUACAUGUAAAAAUAAUAUUGUGUAGUUAGAAACAAGGGGACCAUGCAAGGGAUCUCCAUAGUGGUUAUGUCUUUGCACAGGCCAGUGAUUGCACUCAUAGGAUGCCAAGAAAUUUUAUUGACUGUUAUAUAAUAUUCUUACUGAAAUUUUGUACUUGAAAGAAUUUUCAGAAUACUGGGGACACAAAAAAACAUGAAAAACCUUCACAGUGCAGUAAAGUGUCUGCAAAUCAAUCUCUCUAAAACAUAAAGAAACCUGGGUAUCACUGAAGUUGGCGCCUGUAAUGCUCAUGCAAUGAGAAUUUGGACUCCUGUAUGCUGUGCACCUGUACAAUUAAGAAUUUGCUUCCCAAGGAGAGCUGUGUUUGAGGGCAGUGGUUCGCCUGCCCCUGCCCAUUACUGACCACUAAUGCAAAAUUUAUGACUGUGUAUGUGCUGAAUAAAUGAAGCUGUUCUGAUUAUAACUUUA